UGAAAUUGGGCUACCUGUGGUUCCCCGUUACAAGAAACUAAAAACCAACCAAGUACAAGUCGAUACCAGUUAGCAAAUAUUCUAACUGAUCUUGGUGGCGGCAGGCUAUUCCUCCAUGACAAUGCGAUGUUAAGGGUUCUGAGGAGAUGCUUAGCAAGCCUCGGCUACACGUGUAUUACUCCUCCUCGAAUUCCAGUCCGUGUUAUCACGGCGUUCGGUCAUAAGACAAGAUGGCGCCCCCCCGCUCGCCGGGAUUUCAGCUCAGAAGUAGAGCUGACUUCUAUUCGGUAUCCACAAAUCAAGAGAGGAGCAUUUGCUGAGGUGACUGAUGAUGAUGUUGCAUCAUUUGAGGCUAUUAUUCCUGGUAGAGUGGUGAUUGAUGCUGAUAAUAUUGCUCCUCAUAAUGUUGACUGGAUGAACACAGUCAGAGGACAAAGUAAAAUUUUACUUAAACCCCAGACGACAGAAGAAGUUUCUAAAAUAUUGACAUACUGUAACUCAAGAAAGAUCGCUGUCAAUCCUCAAGGAGGCAACACUGGUUUAGUUGGUGGCAGUGUUCCUGUUUUCGAUGAGGUCAUCCUCUCGUUGGCAAACCUCAACAAAGUCAUCAACCUUGAUAGUUUAUCAGGUAUUUUGACAUGUGAAGCAGGCUGCAUUCUAGAAAACCUGGAUAACAUGCUGUCUGACCAUGGAUUCAUGAUGCCUCUGGACCUGGGCUCCAAAGGAAGUUGUCAUAUUGGAGGAAACAUAUCAACAAAUGCUGGGGGUCUUAGACUGCUGCGUUAUGGCUCUCUACAUGGCAGCGUCCUGGGACUAGAAGUGGUACUGGCUGAUGGCACCAUUGUGGAUUGCCUUUCAUCAAUGCGUAAAGAUAAUACUGGUUAUGAUUUGAAGCAAAUAUUUAUUGGAGCAGAAGGAACUUUAGGAAUUGUCACCAAAGCAUCAAUUCUUGUUCCCAAAAGGCCAAAUGCAAUUAGUGUCUCAUUCUUUGGAUGUGAUAGCUACAAAACUGUUUUGGAGACAUUCAAGAUGGCAAGAGAAAUGCUUGGAGAAAUUCUUUCAGCUUGUGAGUUCUUGGACCACCACUGCAUGAGACUGCUCAAUAAGAACCUUAAUCUACAUAACCCAAUCAGCUCCAAUCCCUUUUACGUGCUGGUUGAGACAUCUGGAUCGAAUGGUGCCCACGAUGAGGAGAAAUUAAAUGCUUUCCUGGAACGAGCCAUGAACAGUAAGAUCGUCAACGAUGGUACAGUUGUCACUGACCUGUCAAAGGUAGCAGAGGUCUGGAAACUUCGCGAAAGUAUUGCUGAAAGCUUACAGCGUGAAGGAGAAGUUUACAAGUACGACCUGUCCAUGCCGCUUGACAAGCUCUACACCCUAGUGGAGGAUCUAAGAGGACGAUUAGGCGACAAAGCCACCAAUGUCGUGGGCUAUGGACACCUUGGGGAUGGUAAUCUCCACCUGAACGUGACCACUCCAGAGCAUAACAAGGAAGUGCUAAAUGCCAUCGAGCCCUUCGUCUACGAGUGGACAGCUAAGCACCACGGCAGCAUCAGCGCGGAACACGGCCUCGGCUUGAAGAAGGCUCCCUACAUUCAUAUGUCCAAGUCCGCGGAGGCUGUGCAGAUGAUGAAGAGGCUUAAGGCUAUGAUGGACCCAAACGGUAUUCUCAACCCCUACAAGACGGUCAUCUAGAGACUUAAGGCUAUGAUGGACCCAAACGGUAUUCUCAACCCCUACAAGACGGUCAUCUAGAGACUUAAGGCUAUGAUGGACCCAAACGGUAUUCUCAACCCCUACAAGACGGUCAUCUAGAGACUUAAGGCUAUGAUGGACCCAAACGGUAUUCUCAACCCCUACAAGACGGUCAUCUAGAGACUUAAGGCUAUGAUGGACCCAAACGGUAUUCUCAACCCCUACAAGACGGUCAUCUAGAGACUUAAGGCUAUGAUGGACCCAAACGGUAUUCUCAACCCCUACAAGACGGUCAUCUAGAGACUUAAGGCUAUGAUGGACCCAAACGGUAUUCUCAACCCCUACAAGACGGUCAUCUAGAGACUUAAGGCUAUGAUGGACCCAAACGGUAUUCUCAACCCCUACAAGACGGUCAUCUAGAGACUUAAGGCUAUGAUGGACCCAAACGGUAUUCUCAACCCCUACAAGACGGUCAUCUAGAGACUUAAGGCUAUGAUGGACCCAAACGGUAUUCUCAACCCCUACAAGACGGUCAUCUAGAGACUUAAGGCUAUGAUGGACCCAAACGGUAUUCUCAACCCCUACAAGACGGUCAUCUAGAGACUUAAGGCUAUGAUGGACCCAAACGGUAUUCUCAACCCCUACAAGACGGUCAUCUAGAGACUUAAGGCUAUGAUGGACCCAAACGGUAUUCUCAACCCCUACAAGACGGUCAUCUAGAGACUUAAGGCUAUGAUGGACCCAAACGGUAUUCUCAACCCCUACAAGACGGUCAUCUAGAGACUUAAGGCUAUGAUGGACCCAAACGGUAUUCUCAACCCCUACAAGACGGUCAUCUAGAGACUUAAGGCUAUGAUGGACCCAAACGGUAUUCUCAACCCCUACAAGACGGUCAUCUAGAGACUUAAGGCUAUGAUGGACCCAAACGGCAUCCUUAACCCCUACAAGACGGUCAUCUAGAGACUUAAGGCUAUGUUGUAUUUAAACGGUAUUCUCAGCCCCUAAAGUCGGUAAUCUAGCAGGCUAUGAUGGACCCAAACGGUAUUUUCCCCUAUAGAAAUCAAGGUGUGAAGUCCCGUUGGCCCUGUAUUCUAUAGUUAACAUUUUAACAAGCGUCGUUUGAACCAACGCGUAUACCUAUGGAGAUGCCAUUCUAAACUUCACAUGACGGUAAUCUAAACACGCGCACAAGACCACUACUGUGCAACAGGUGCAAGACAUACGAAUAGCGCAAUUUUACAUUAACCCUGGUAAGCCUUGCUACCUGCCAUUAAUAUCAUCUUAUUUCUCUGACUCCUAGUAUUUGUCUCGCAGUCAAAUGCUAAUCGAGUCCCCUGUUACAGAUAACUUUGGGACUUUUAAAAACGCCCCGUUAACGAAGGACCUUAAUAUAAGCAAUGACAAAGUAGAGUGUAAGGAUCUUGAAUGACAAAUUAUUUUUAGCGAUAUAUGUAAAUUGAUUAUACAAACCGCUCUAGCUA